AUGUGCACUGUCACCAUGUGCACUGUCACCGUGAGCUCUGUCACCAGGGGCACCUUCAUCAUGGGCACUAUCACCGUGAGCACCGUCACCAUGAGCACUUUCACCAUCGGCACUCACACCAUGUGCAAUGUCACUGUGUGCACUGUCAGCAUGGGCACUGCCACCAUGAGCACUAUCACCAUGAGCACUGCCACUGUAAGGGCUUUCACCAUAAGCACUGUCACCAUGGGCACUGUAACCAUGGGCACUAUCACUGUGAGCACUGUCACCAUGGGCACUACCAACAUGGGCACUCUCAACGAGAGCACUGUCACCAUGAGCACUGUCAUCGUGUGCACUGUCAGUAUGGGCACUAUCACAGUGAGCACUGUCACCAUGAGCACUGUAACUAUGGGCACUAUCACCGUGAGCACUAUCACCAUGAGAAAUAUCACUGUGAGCACUGUCACCAUGAGUACUGUCACCAUGUGCACUGUUACCAUUGGCACUAUUACCGAAAUCACUAUCACCAUAAUCGCUGACACCAUGAGCUAUGUCACCAUGGUCACCAUGGGCACUAUCACCAAAUUCACUGUCACCAUGGGUACUUUCACCAUGGACACAGUCACCAUGAGAACGGCCACCAUAUGCAAUGUCACCACGGGGAUUAUCAUCGUGAGCACUGUAAAAAUGGGCACUGCCAUCCUGGGCACUGUCAUCAUGGGCACUGUCACCAUGAGCACUGUCAACAUGGUCUUUGCCACAAUGUGCACUCUUACAAUGGUAACUGUCACCAUGUGCAGUGUCACCAUGUGCACUGUCGCCACGAGAAAUGCCACCUUGGGCAAUGCCACCAUGAACACUGUCAUUAUGAGAACUGUAACCAUGAGACCUGCCACCAUGGGCAGUUUCACCAUGAGUAAUGUCAACAUGGGUUUUGUCACCAUGGGCACUGUCACCAUGAACACUAUCACCAUGAGCAUUGGCACCAUGGGAACUGGCACCAUUGGGCCUGUCACCACUAGCACUGUAACCAUGGAGACUUUCACCAUGAGCACUGUUACCGUAGUAACUGUCAGCAUGGGCAUUGUCACCCUGGGCACUGUCACCGUGGACACUGCCACAAGGAGCACUAUCACCAUGAGCACUGCUACCGUGAGUACUAUCAGCAUAAGCACUCUCAACAUGCACACUGUCACGAUGGGCAAUGCCACCAUGGGCACUGUCACCAUGAGCAGUGUCACAAUGGUCUUUGCCACAGUGUGCACUGUUACAAUGGGAACUGCCACCAUGUGCACGGUAACCAUGAGCACUGUCAUCGUGGUGACUGUUACCAUGGGAAUUGUCACCGUGAGCACUGCAACAAAGGGCACUGUCACCAUGAGCACUGUCACCACGUGCAAUGCCACCAUGGGCACUUUCACCAUGAGAACUGUCAUCAUGGGUAUUUUCACCAUGAGCACCGUCACCAUGAGCACUAUCUCCGUGAGCAAUGUCACCAUUGUCACUUUCACCAUGGGCAAUGUCUCCAUGGGCAGUGACACCAUGGGCACUGCCACCAUGGGAACUAUCAUGGUGUGCACUGUCACUGUGAGCACUAUCACCGUGAGCACUGUUACCCACUGUCACCAAAGCACUCUCAUGGGCACUAUCACCGUGAGCACCGUCACCACGAGCACUGUCAUCGUGUGCACUGUCAGCAUGCGCACCAUCAUCGUAAGGACUAUCAUUGUAAGCACUGUCACCAUGAACACUGUCACCAUGGGCAGCCUCAUGAUGGGCACUACCACAAUGGGCACUAUCACGGUGUGCACUGUCACAGUGAGCACUGUCACCAUGCGCACUUUCAACAUGUGCAUUAUCACUGUGAGCACUAUCACCAUGAGAAAUAUCACUGUGAGCACUGUCACCAUGACUAUGUCACCAUGGGCACUGUCAACACUUUGCACUCUCACCAUGUGCACUACCACCAUGGGCACUGUCACCAUGGGCACUAUCACCGAAUUCACUAUCACAAUGGGUACUGUCACCAUGGGCACUAUCACCAUGGGCACGGCCACCAUGAGCACUGUCAACAUGGUCUUUGCCGCAAUGUGGACUGUUACAAUGGUAACUGCCACCAUGUGA